AUGGCCGCCUCUCCGGGACUUUUCACAGCCACAGCAGCGAAGGGCAUGUCGCCGUUUCCCGUGCUGCCCCCGAUCGAAGGCACCCAGGCCCUGGGGGAGGCGGACCGGGGGGAGGCGGGCCGGUGGGACGUGGGCCGGACCGUCGCAGCGAAGGAGGAGAUAGCGGAGAGGCUAGCGGCGCAAAAGAAGCUGAUGGCGCACAGAAGGAGCAGAGUGGAGCAGGGGCGCAUGCACCUGAUAUUGGUGUCGAGAGCAAUGGAGGCCUACAGACAGAGCAAAGAGAGGGGGGAAGUGCGCAGCCGGUCACCUGAACCAGAGUUGCCACCUUCUAUGCUCAGCGAGGAGCGGAAGCGUAGGAUGAACUACAUGUUACAGAAGCAGAGCGUACACAGGCGCCCAUUCGCUCCAAUCCGGCAACAGUGGUUGGACUCCAUCGUCGCCAGAGUGUCGCCAAAGCUUAAAGAGGGCCCGGAGAGAAGUAAACAUCUACAGGAGCUCUGCAAGGAAGCCAGCGACAUCUUCCACAACGCGGUCGUCAAGCACACAGUGGACACAAUCCUAAAGGAUCCGCAGACAGAAGGCCCCGUCUCGGGUAACCGGAAGGCUGCCCCACCAAAGAUUCUUGAUUUCUCCCAACCGUGGCACGAGAGCUUCAUCAGAAGCCGCGAGGUGAUGAAAAACAACCUGCACAUCCUUCACCCGGUCAUGCGAACCGUCCUGGAUGUCGGCUAUGCAAAGCUUUCUCCUCUGGUCCUGGUUGAUCGUUCAGGACGCGGCGCCUCGGCGCCCGUGGUCUGUAAGAGCCUACAGGAAAAAAUGGCCGUGCAGUGUAAGAGGACAGAAGAUCGCAUCAUGUGCACCUGGUUUCCCAAAGUCGUCGACUUGCUGACGAACAGCGACACGCUGAAGGGGAUUAAAGAGGAGAAUCUGGACUCCUUCUACGACUGCGCGUCCACCCUCAUCUCCAAUCAGUUGAAGUCCGUGCUUCAGAAAAGUGUCGAGGAGUUCGUCCAUCUCUUCGAUCCGAUCAACCGCCACCGCCUGCCCCUCUUUCAUUUGGCCUUGACGUUCGACAACGAAAAGAUGGAGAUCUAUCCCACCUUACAAGAUCUGGAAGCCUCUGUUCUUGAGAUUCUCAAUGCCAUCACAAACACACUGCAGAGAGUACAGACGAUCCCGUCGUGGCAGGCGCGAACCGCGCCUACGUUUGUGGACGCCAAGGUGGCGGACCACGUCCUCGCUUGGGCUCGGGUCACCGUGAAGACCGCCGUGCGCAAGAAUCUCGAGGAACCGGACCAACACUUCCAGAACUAUGUUGACAACUAUGACUGGCUAGUCAACGGAACUGCACAGGCCAGAGUGGAUAAAUUCAUGGAAGAGGAGCACUCUUUUGAUGAGUACACUGAGCAAGUGGAGGAGUUUCGCGCCCUGUCGAAGCAGAUCAGCAGCCUUCCAGCAAAAGCCCACUUCUCGAUGGUCCAUCUGGACUGCGAAGAGCUGAAACUGGGGCUGGCCAACAAAGCGAAGAACUACGGCGAAACACUUCUGAAGAAAGUGAUCGCCAGCCACCGGGAGCAAAAUCUACAGAUCUGCUCUGAAUUUGAAAGCAUCCGAGAGAACGUUCUGAAAGUACCAGAAAGUACGGGAGACAUGACUGAGAUCAUUGAUCACAUCAAUUUCACGAAGACAGAGGGUAUCGCAGAACUUAAUGAAAAGAUAAAGGAAGCCUUCUGUAGACUCAGCUACAUCCAGAAUGUCCACUUCCUUGAGCCCGAGGAUCAGGAGCUCAAUACGACCGUCUUUCUUUGGCCGCAGGAGAUCCUUCACGUCUUUGAACUCAGCGAUGAGGUGAUGCAGAAGGCCAAGCUGAAAGGGGAGCAGGAGCUGCUGGCUAGAAGAGAAAGAUUGAUGAUACAGCUGGAAAAGUUGGGCCGCAGGAUCGAGGAGUUCCCACAUUGCUGUGAGCUGGAUAUGAUGCAGCAGUACGUAACAGAUGUCAGAACGGUUCAGAAACUUCUCCAGGAGACCGAGGAGGAGAUCGUCUUCAUUAACAAAGAAGAGGUCUUUUACAAAAUGGACCCGACGUGUUACCCAGAAGUCGAGGUCAUCCAAGGGAGCAUCGGACUGUAUCAUAAGCUGUUCGCCUUUGUGCUAAAGUGGCAGCGCACACAAAACAGAUGGAUGGACGGUUCCUUCCAGGAGCUGGACGGCGAGAGCAUGGAAGUAAAAGUGGACGAGUUCUAUAGGGAGAUCUUCAAGACGCUCAAGUUUUUCCAACAGAAGCAGAAUAAGGCCGAGCAAGAGCUGGAGAAGAUUGCUGGCAAGACUAAGCAACGACCUAGUGAGGACGAGCCAAGGAAGCAGGACAGCCCCACAGUACUUUUGUGCUCCACUGUAAUGGAGCAGAUCCAAGAGUUCAAGGACCAUAUCCCUGUAGUCUCCAUCCUGUGCAAUCCAGGCAUCAGAGCUCGCCACUGGGAUCAGAUGUCGGAGAUAGUGGGGUAUGACCUCACUCCUGACUCUGGCACGACACUACGCAAAGUUCUCAAAAAAGACCUGGCCCCUUAUCUGGAAGAGUUUGAGUCCAUCAGCACCGCUUCUAGUAAAGAGUUUUCCCUGGAGAAGGCUAUGCAAACCAUGUUGCAUGUCUGGGAUGGUAUUUCUUUCCACCAUCAGCCUUACAGGGAGACCGGAGUGUCCAUCCUGACUGCCUUGGACGAGAUUCAAACAAUGCUCGAUGACCAGAUUGUGAAGACUCAGACUAUGAGGGGCUCGCCGUUCAUCAAACCUUUUGAAAAUGAGAUCAAACAAUGGGAGGAGCGUCUGCUUCGUAUCCAGGAAACCAUCGAUGAAUGGCUGAAGGUGCAGGCCCAGUGGCUUUAUCUGGAGCCCAUCUUCUCCUCUCAGGACAUCAUGCAGCAGAUUCCAGAAGAGGGACGACUUUUCCAAACCGUUGACAAAAACUGGAAAGACGUCAUGAGGCACUGCGUCAAGGACCCUAAGAUUCUGCAAGCAACCUCGCUGAAUGGUUUGCUGGAGAAACUGCAAGAUUCUAACAACCUCCUGGAAAGCAUCAUGAAAGGACUGAAUGCCUAUUUGGAGAAGAAGCGUCUCUUCUUUCCACGGUUCUUCUUCUUGUCCAACGAUGAAAUGCUGGAGAUUCUGUCUGAGACCAAGGACCCGCUACGAGUGCAGCCCCAUCUGAAGAAGUGCUUUGAGGGUAUUUCCAAACUGGACUUCCUCCCCAACCUGGAUAUCCAGGCCAUGUACAGCAGCGAGGGUGAGCGUGUUCAGCUAAUCCAACACAUCUCCACGUCUGAAGCCAAAGGAGCCGUCGAGAAGUGGCUGGUGCAAGUGGAGGACCUGAUGGUUCGCAGUGUCAGAGAUGUAGUAGACCGGUCCAGGGUGGCCUACGCUGAGAGUGCACGGAGCCAGUGGGUCAGGGAGUGGCCUGGACAGGUGGUGCUCUGCACCUCGCAGAUCUUCUGGACCUUGGAGGUUCAUGAAGCCAUCAAUGCAGGAGCGGAUGGUUUAAAGAACUACUAUGAACAGCUCCAGAGUCAGCUGAAGGACAUUGUGGAGCUGGUGAGAGGGAAACUGCCCAAACAAACACGCAUCACACUGGGAGCGCUGGUCACCAUCGACGUCCAUGCCAGGGAUGUGGUCUCUGAGCUUAUUGAGAAAGGUGUAUCAAAUGAUACAGACUUCCAGUGGCUGGCCCAGCUUCGUUACUACUGGAGCAAUAACGAUGUUCGCGUUCGCAUCAUCAACUGUGAUGUUAAAUACGCCUACGAGUACCUGGGGAACUCGCCGCGCCUCGUCAUCACUCCACUGACUGACAGAUGCUACAGAACCCUGAUUGGGGCUUUCUACCUGAAUUUGGGUGGUGCGCCUGAGGGUCCAGCUGGAACGGGAAAGACAGAAACCACCAAGGAUCUAGCCAAAGCUCUAGCUGUGCAGUGUGUGGUGUUCAACUGUUCCGACGGACUGGAUUACCUCGCCAUGGGCAAAUUCUUUAAAGGUCUGGCCUCAUCGGGUGCGUGGGCAUGCUUUGAUGAGUUCAACCGCAUUGAGCUGGAGGUGCUGUCUGUCGUGGCCCAGCAGGUUCUCUGCAUCCAGAGGGCCGUCGAGAUGAAGUUGGAGUACUUUGACUUCGAAGGGACAAUGCUCAAACUCAAUCCCAACUGCUUUGUGUCCAUCACAAUGAACCCCGGCUAUGCAGGACGCUCAGAACUGCCAGACAACCUCAAGGUGUUGUUCCGAACGGUGGCCAUGAUGGUGCCCAACUACGCACUGAUAGCAGAGAUCUCUCUGUAUUCAUACGGCUUCCUGAAUGCCAAACCGCUGUCAGUGAAGAUCGUGAUGACCUACAGGCUCUGCUCCGAGCAGCUGUCCUCCCAGUUCCAUUAUGAUUACGGCAUGAGGGCUGUCAAAGCUGUGCUUGUGGCUGCAGGAAACCUCAAGCUCAAGUAUCCUGACGAGAAUGAGGACAUACUGCUCCUGAGGUCCAUAAAGGAUGUCAAUGAACCCAAGUUUCUCUCCCAUGAUAUUCCGCUGUUCAAUGGGAUCACCAGCGAUUUGUUCCCGGGCAUCUCCCUUCCUGAGGCUGACUAUCAGCUGUUUCUGGAGGCCGCUAAAGAGUGCUGUGAAAAUCACAACGUACAGGCAACACAGGUCUUCUUAGAGAAGAUGAUCCAGACAUAUGAGAUGAUGAUAGUCAGGCAUGGGUUCAUGCUGGUGGGCGAGCCUUUCGCUGGUAAGACCAAAGUGCUCCAUGUUCUCGCCGACACGCUGACUCUCAUGAACGAGAGAGGGUACGGCGAGGAGGAGAGGAUCAUCUUCAGGACGUUGAACCCAAAGUCCAUCACCAUGGGACAGCUCUUUGGACAGUUUGACGUAGUCUCCCAUGAGUGGACAGACGGGAUUGUGGCCAACACAUUUCGCGAGUUUGCAUCGGCUGAGACACCAGACCGCAAAUGGGUGGUGUUUGAUGGUCCCAUAGACACACUGUGGAUUGAGAGCAUGAACACUGUGCUGGAUGACAACAAAAAGUUGUGCCUGAUGAGUGGUGAGAUCAUCCAAAUGUCCAAUCAGAUGAGUCUGAUUUUUGAAGCGAUGGAUCUAUCACAGGCCUCGCCGGCCACAGUCAGUCGGUGUGGUAUGAUCUACAUGGAGCCGUCUCAGCUGGGCUGGGAGCCCCUAGUGAUUUCCUGGAUGAACAAUCUUCCCGACGCUCUGCAGAGACCCGACAACCGCUCCCUGCUGCUGGAGCUCUUCCACUGGCUCCUGCCGCCUGCCUUCAGGGUGCUGCGUAAGCACUGCAGAGAAGUUGUUUCCACCAGCAACAGCAACACCGUGGUGUCCCUGUGUCGCCUGUUUGAGAUGCUGCUCACCGAACCUGUGAAAACGAGUUUCGUUGAUAAAAAUCUUCGCACCUGGAUCAUGGCGGCUUUUGCCUUCUCCCUGGUGUGGUCUACGGGCGGCAGCUGUGACGCAGACAGCAGAGAGAAGUUCAGUGAGUUCUUGCGGGCGACCUUGUCUGGAGAGACGGAUGGACACCCGAUCCCGGCCUCUGUGGGGAAAUGGGAGUGUCCGAUGGAUGAGAACGGGCUGGUGUAUGACUACUUCUACGAGUUCAAUGGAAAAGGCCGCUGGGUUCACUGGAAUGACGUCAUCAAGAAUGUAAACUUGGGGGACAAAAACACCAAAGUGCAAGAGAUCAUCGUUCCCACGAUAGACACAGUGCGCUACACCUACCUCAUGGACCUUGGCAUCCGAUACGGAGUGCCUUUCCUGUUUGUUGGUCCGACUGGCACCGGGAAGUCUGUGUAUGUGAAGGAGAAGCUGAUGAACAAUCUGGACAAAGACCUCUAUCUACCCUUCUUUCUCAAUUUCUCAGCUCGCACAAGCUCCAACCAAACCCAGAAUAUCAUCAUGUCCAGGUUAGAUAAGAGAAGGAAGGGCGUGUUCGGGCCCCCCAUGGGAAAGAAGUGCGUGAUCUUCGUCGACGACAUGAACAUGCCUGCACUGGAACAGUUCGGAGCACAGCCUCCUGUGGAGCUUCUUCGGCAGUAUAUAGACCAUGGAAACUGGUAUGACCUGAAGGAUACCUCCAGGAUCUCUCUUGUUGACCUCCAGCUCAUCUCUGCUAUGGGACCCCCCGGUGGCGGGAGGAACGCCGUGACACCCCGCUUUCUGCGGCACUUCAACAUCGUUAGCAUCAACGCCUUCAGCGACGACACCAUGGUCCGCAUCUUCUCCAGCGUGGUUGCUUUCUAUCUCAAAAACAACCAAUUCCCACCGGAAUAUUUCACCGUCGGCAACCAAAUAGUGACGGCGACAAUGGAAGUGUAUAAGAGAGCCAUGGAGAAUCUACUGCCAACUCCAGCCAAGUCCCACUAUACCUUCAACCUGCGGGACUUCUCGCGCGUCAUCCAAGGCUGCCUGCUGCUGAAGAAGGACUCGCUGGAGAACAAACGCACGAUGAUACGCUUGUUUGUCCACGAGGUCUUCCGCGUCUACUACGACCGCCUGGUGGACGACAAAGAUCGGGCAUGGCUCUACGAGCUGAUGGACGGCAUCCUCAAAGAUCACUUCAAAGAGUCCUUUGAGCAGGUGUUCGAUCACCUGAAGAAAAGCAGCAGACUGGUUGAGGAAGACAUGCGGAGUCUUCUGUUUGGUGACUACAUGGACCCCGACCUGGAGGACGAUGAGCGCUUGUACACUGAGGUUUCCUCGAUGGAAAGCUUUUCCGAAGUGGUGCAGUCGUGUCUCGAUGAAUACAACCAGAUGCACAAGAACCGCAUGAACCUCGUCAUCUUUCGCUAUGUCCUGGAGCACCUGUCUCGUAUCAGCCGUGUGUUGAAGCAGCCAGGGGGCAACGCCCUGCUGGUGGGAGUGGGAGGCAGCGGACGCCAGUCCAUCACCCGCCUGGCCACGUCCAUGGCCCACAUGACCAUGUUCCAGCCCGAGAUCUCCAAGAGCUACGGCAUCACUGAGUGGAGAGACGACCUCAAGAUGCUGCUGAAGAAUGCCGGGGUGAAAGGUCAGAAGACGGUGUUCUUGCUGACCGACGCUCAGAUCAAAGACGAGGCCUUUCUGGAAGACGUGGACAGCGUCCUGAACACGGGAGAGGUGCCCAAUCUGUUCGCCAUCGACGAGAAGCAGGAGAUCAUGGAGACAGUGCGUCCCAUCGCCCAGGCCGGCGAUAAGAAUCUGGAGUUGAGUCCCUUGACUCUGUUCGCCUUCUUCGUGGCACGCUGUCGAGAGAACCUCCACAUUGUCGUGGCCUUCAGCCCGAUUGGAAACGCCUUUCGAAAUCGCCUGCGCCAAUUCCCCUCGCUCAUCAACUGCUGCACCAUUGACUGGUUCCAGCCGUGGCCGGAGGAGGCUCUGGAGCGAGUGGCCAACUCCUUCCUGGGCUCGUUGGAGAUGAGCGAGAACGAGAGGCAGGAGGUCGUGCCCAUCUGCAAAACAUUCCACACGUCCGCCAAGCAGCUCUCACUGCGAUUCCUCUCUGAGCUGGGUCGCCAUAACUACGUGACCCCCACGUCCUACCUGGAGCUGAUCGCGGCUUUCCGGCUGCUGCUCACUCAGAGGAGAGAAACUGUCAUGAGGGCCAAACAGCGCUACACCAACGGUCUGGAUAAACUGGCCUUUGCCGAAUCUCAGGUCGGUGCGAUGAAGAAGGAGCUCAUCGACCUGCAGCCCAAACUGGAACAGGCCAAGAUAGACAACAACACAAUUAUGAAGGUGAUCGAAGUGGAGUCCGUAGAGGUGGAAGCCAAAAGUAAAGUGGUGCGUGUCGACGAGGAGGCGGCAACCAUAAAAGCCAAUGAGGCCGAGGCUCUGAAGAAAGAGUGCGAGAGCGACUUGGCCGACGCCAUCCCCGCCCUGGAGGACGCCCUCUCGGCCUUGGACACGUUGAAGCCCUCUGACGUCACAAUCGUGAAGGCGAUGAAAAAUCCUCCUUCGGGGGUGAAGCUGGUGAUGUCCGCCGUGUGCGUGAUGAAGGACAUAAAGCCGGAUAAGAUAGCUGACCCGGCUGGGACUGGAAAAAAGGUUUUUGACUACUGGGGUCCAAGCAAGAAGCUACUGGGUGACAUGAACUUUUUACGAGAUCUUAGAGAAUAUGACAAGGACAAUAUUCCCUUGUCUGUGAUGCAAAAGAUCCGUCGGGAGUACGUCACCAAUCCUGACUUUGUCCCCAGCAUUGUGGCGAAAGCCUCCUCUGCAGCAGAGGGCCUGUGCAAGUGGGUCAAAGCAAUGGAGCAGUAUGACCGGGUGGCGAAGGUCGUGGCUCCAAAGAAGGCCAACCUCGCGGAGGCGCAGGAGUCCCUGGCCACCAUCAUGGCCCUGCUGGACCAGAAGCGGGCCGAGCUCAAGGAGGUCGAGGACCGCCUGGCCGCCCUUCAGAAAACCUUCGAGGAGAAGACGGAGGAGAAGGCCCAGCUGGAGAUCCAGGUGGACCUGUGUGCCAGGAAGUUGGAGAGGGCGGUGAAGCUCAUUGGUGGUCUGGGCGGAGAGAAGACCAGAUGGUCCAAGGCAGCCGAUGACCUGCAGAGCACGUACGAUAACCUGACUGGAGACGUUCUCAUCUCCGCUGGGGUCAUCGCCUAUCUGGGGGCCUUCACUGCCGGCUUCAGACAGGACUGCACCAAGUCAUGGACCAAACUCUGCCAGUCUCAGAACAUUCCAUCGGCAGACGACUUCUCUCUCAGUAAGACUCUGGGAGAUCCCAUUAAGAUCAGGGCCUGGAACAUCGCAGGCCUUCCCAGUGACUCCUUCUCCAUCGACAAUGGUGUCAUCGUCAGCAAUUCACGAAGAUGGCCCCUGAUGAUCGACCCUCAGGGUCAGGCCAACAAGUGGGUGAAGAACUCCGAGAAAGACAACAAACUGAGCGUAAUCAAGCUCACGGACGGCGACUACAUGAGAACUCUGGAGAACUGCAUUCAGUUCGGAACGCCGUUGCUGCUGGAAAAUGUCGGCGAGGAGCUGGACCCCUCGCUGGAGCCACUGCUGGUCAAACAAACCUUCAAACAAGGCGGUGUGGAUUGCAUCCGGCUCGGGGAGAGCGUGAUCGAGUACUCCUGCGAUUUCCGCUUCUACAUCACCACUAAGCUGAGGAACCCGCACUACCUCCCAGAACUGGCCACCAAGGUGUCUCUGCUCAAUUUCAUGAUCACCCCAGAGGGCUUGGAGGACCAGCUGCUGGGGAUCGUAGUCGCCAAAGAAAAGCCGGAACUGGAAGAGGAGCGCAACGCUCUCAUCCUGCAGUCGGCCGCCAACAAGAGGCAGCUGAAGGAGAUCGAGGACAAGAUCCUGGAGACGCUCUCGUCCUCCGAGGGAAACAUCCUGGAGGACGAGAGCGCCAUUCAGAUCCUAGACUCCGCAAAGAUCAUGUCCAAUGAGAUCAGCAAGAAGCAGCAGAUUGCAGAGACGACAGAGAUCAAGAUAGCGGAGUCCAGAGAGGGUUACAGAGACAUUGCCAAGCACUCCUCCAUCCUGUUCUUCAGCAUUGCUGAUCUCACCAAUAUAGACCCCAUGUACCAGUACUCGCUCAGCUGGUUUGUCAACCUCUACAUUAACUCCAUACAAGACAGUAACAAGUCGAAGAACCUGGAGAGGAGGCUCCGAUUCCUGAUCGACCACUUCACCUACAACCUCUACUGUAACGUCUGUCGCUCUCUGUUCGAGAGGGACAAACUCCUCUUCUCCUUCCUCCUCUGCUGCAACCUCCUCCUUGCUAAAGAGGAGAUUGCAUACUCUGACUUCAUGUUCUUCCUGACGGGGGGAGUGGGACUGCAGAACACCGUCGCUAACCCCGACCCCGGCUGGCUUCAGGACAAGAGCUGGGACGAGACCUGCAGAGCCAGCGAACUGUCUGGCCUACAAGGAAUAAAAGAGGCUUUCAUCAAAAGCCCAGAAGGCUUUAAAUCUAUUUAUGACAGCAAAGAACCGAGCAACACUGAGCUGCCCGCUCCGUGGUGUGAACAACUCAACGACCUGCAGAAGAUGAUCAUCGUUCGCUGUCUCAGGCCCGACAAGAUUGUUCCAUCUGUGACUAAAUACGUGACUGGCAAACUGGGGAAGAAAUUUGUCCAGCCCCCUCCCUUUGACCUGAGUAAGAGCUACCUGGACUCCAACUCCACCGUCCCACUCGUAUUUGUGCUGUCUCCGGGAGCUGAUCCCAUGGCUAGCUUACUGAAGUUCGCCAGUGACAAGAACAUGGACGGUGCCAAGUUCCAGUCCAUCUCUCUGGGGCAGGGCCAGGGACCCAUCGCGGCCAAAAUGAUAUCCACAGCCAUGCAGGAGGGGACGUGGGUGUGUUUGCAGAAUUGUCACCUGGCUGUUUCCUGGAUGUCCAACUUGGAGAAGAUCUGCGAGGACUUCAGUCCAGCAACUUGCCACCCGGACUUCCGCCUUUGGCUCACGAGCUACCCUUCACCCAAGUUUCCAGUGACCAUCCUGCAGAACGGGGUGAAGAUGACAAACGAGCCUCCUACGGGACUCCGACUCAACCUGCUGCAGUCGUACCUGUCCGAUCCGGUUUCGGACUCGAACUUCUUCACGAGCUGCCCCGACAAAGAGCUGAUUUGGGAGAAGCUCCUGUAUGGACUGUGUUUCUUCCACGCUCUUGUUCAGGAGAGGAAGAAGUUCGGUCCGCUGGGCUGGAAUAUCCCCUACGGCUUCAAUGAGUCCGACUUGCGUAUCAGCAUCAGGCAGCUGCAGCUGUUUGUGAAUGAAUACGACGAGGUGCCCUUCGAGGCCAUAACUUACCUGACGGGCGAGUGUAACUAUGGCGGCCGUGUGACAGACGACUGGGACCGGCGACUCCUGAUGACCGUCCUGGCCGACUUCUACAACCAGGACAUCAUCCUGAAACCCCGCUACCCUUUCUCACCGAGCGGCGAAUACUUUGCCCCUCCGAAAUCGACCUAUGACGACUAUGUUCUAUUCAUCAAGGAGCUUCCGUUCAGCCAGCAUCCCGAGGUGUUUGGGAUGCAUGAAAACGUCGACAUUUCUAAAGAUCUCCAGCAGACAAAGCUGCUGUUUGAUUCGCUGCUGCUCACCCAGGGAGGAGGGGCUAAAGGAGGGGCUAGCUCUGGGAGUGACAGCGCGCUGUUCGACAUCGCAAAUGACAUCCUCAACGAGCUUCCAGCUAAUUUUGACACAGAAGCAACCCUCUUGAAGUUCCCGGUGGUCUACGAGGAGAGCAUGAACACUGUCCUCGUCCAAGAGAUGGAGCGCUACAACACGCUGUGCAGUACGAUCCGUGUGAGCCUGCAGAAUCUGUUGAAGGCCAUCAAGGGCUUGGUGGUGAUGGAUGCCGAGCUGGAGGCCGUCGCGGGCGGUUUGAUAGUGGGAAAGGUCCCAGAGAAAUGGGCCAAGUGCUCUUACCCCAGCCUCAAGCCUCUGGGCAGCUACAUUACUGACUUUCUCUUGAGGCUCAAGUUUUUGCAGGAUUGGUGCGACACCAGUAAGCCCAACGUGUUCUGGCUGUCUGGGUUCUUCUUCACCCAGGCCUUCCUAACUGGGGCCAUGCAGAACUACGCCAGGAAGUACCACGUCCCCAUUGACCUGCUCGGCUUUGAUUUUCAGGUUCUUCCUAUUGAUAAGUCGGACGUGCCGCCUGAAGACGGCGUUUACGUUCACGGGUUGUUUCUGGAUGGAGCUCGAUGGGACAUUGGAAGUGGGGUUCUGGCUGAGCAGCACCCCAAAGUCCUGUUUGACGUGGUGCCAAUCAUCUGGAUAAAACCCACUGAAAAGAAGAGCAUGGAUCAGGCUCAGCAGCUGUACGUCUGCCCUCUCUACAAGACCAGCGAGAGGAAGGGCACCCUCUCCACCACGGGCCACUCCACGAACUUUGUCAUUUCCAUGGUGCUGCCCACCAGGCAGCGCCCUCAGCAAUGGAUAAAGCGCGGCGUCGCCAUGCUCUGCCAGCUGGACGACUGA